UGCUUGUCAUCUUUUCCUUUUGGUGAGAAUUGUCGGCAUUUAUUUAAAAAUUAUUGUAACACAAAUUUAAGCCAACAAUAAUGGCUACUGAACGUUACAGCUUCUCUCUGACAACAUUUAGUCCUUCAGGAAAGCUUGUCCAAUUGGAAUAUGCCUUGGCGGCCGUCUCCGGAGGGGCACCUUCUGUUGGUAUUAUGGCAUCCAAUGGCGUCGUUAUUGCAACAGAAAAUAAAUACAAAUCGUCGCUUUACGAGGAACAUAGUGUGCACCGCGUGGAAAUGGUAAACAAACAUAUUGGAAUGGUAUAUUCUGGCAUGGGGCCCGACUACCGCUUACUGGUGAAGCAAGCACGUAAAAUCGCCCAGUCAUACUAUCUCACUUACAAGGAACCCAUACCGGUGUCACAGCUCGUGCAGCGCGUGGCUACGCUCAUGCAGGAAUACACUCAGUCGGGUGGCGUGCGUCCAUUUGGAGUGUCACUAUUGAUUUGCGGCUGGGACAAUGACCGUCCAUAUCUUUAUCAAUCGGAUCCCUCAGGCGCAUAUUUUGCCUGGAAGGCCACUGCAAUGGGCAAAAAUGCCGUUAACGGCAAAACAUUUUUGGAAAAGCGUUAUAGUGAAGAUCUUGAGCUGGAAGACGCUGUGCACACUGCCAUUCUGACUCUGAAGGAAGGAUUCGAAGGAAAGAUGACUUCAGAUAACAUUGAGGUUGGAAUCUGUGAUCAGAACGGUUUUAAGCGUUUGGACCCUGCCACAAUUAAGGACUAUUUGGCAAACAUCCCUUAAAUUUUGCUUCACGGUCAAAGAAACCCAAGCUAAGCUUUUUAGCGAGUACGUAAACAAUGAAAAUAAAGUUUGUAAGUGUUCCGGGCUUUGAAAUUAAUCAAGAA